CUCUGGUGAAUCGCGGCGGUGGGUCGAGUCGCCGCCGCUGAUGCUGCUGCUGGUGGAGUCUCCGGUCGGGCACGUUUAACGUUUUUGAUUUUAUUUUCUCCCCCUUCAUAUUAAAUUAACCGCGUGUGCCCCCCCGAAAAGAUAAAGAUGGCAGCGAUGGCCCGUCUGGAGGGCCGCGAGUUCGAGUAUGUGAUGAAGAAGCGCUCGGUGACGGUGGGUCGGAACUCGUCGCAGGGCUCGGUGGAUGUUAGCAUGGGCCACUCGAGCUUCAUCUCCCGCCGGCACCUGGAGAUCUUCACCGCUGCCGCCGAAGACACCGGCUCGGGCCCCGGAGGAGGAGACUUCUACCUGCGCUGCCUAGGCAAAAACGGGGUGUUCGUGGACGGGGUGUUUCUGCGGCGGGGGGCGCCACCCCUGCAGCUACCGAGAGUGUGCACGUUUCGGUUCCCCAGUACGAACAUCAAGAUCACAUUUACAGCGCUGGCAAGUGUCAAGCGAGAGAAAAGAGAGCCCGAGUCUCCAGUCAAAGCAGUUCAGCCUCAGAUCUCACCUUUAACCAUCAACAUUCCUGAUAACAUCGCUCACCUUAUGAGUCCUCUGCCCUCGCCCACCGGCACCAUCAGCGCUGCUAACUCGUGUCCGUCCAGUCCUCGUGGAGCAGGAUCGUCAGGAUAUCGGCUGGGCAGAAUCGUGCCGGACCUGCAGCUCAUGAACGACAACUCACAGUCUGAAAAUGACAAAGAAACAUCAGAAGGAGACAGUCCAAAGGACGACUCUAAACCGCCGUAUUCGUACGCUCAGCUGAUCGUUCAGGCCAUCACGAUGGCACCGGACAAGCAGCUAACACUAAAUGGCAUCUACACACACAUCACCAAGAACUACCCUUAUUACAGGACAGCAGACAAGGGCUGGCAGAACUCUAUUCGUCAUAAUCUGUCCUUGAACCGCUACUUCAUCAAAGUGCCACGCUCUCAGGAGGAGCCGGGCAAAGGUUCGUUCUGGAGGAUCGACCCGUCGUCUGAGGGCAAACUGGUGGAGCAGGCCUUCAGGAAACGCAGGCCGCGGGGCGUCCCCUGCUUCAGGACCCCGCUGGGACCCCUGUCAUCCCGGAGCGCGCCAGCAUCGCCCAAUCACUCGGGCGUUCUCUCCGCCCACUCCAGCGGCGUUCAGACUCCUGACAGCCUAUCACGUGAAGGCUCUCCGGUUCCCAUGGACACAGAGCCUGUCUCUGUCCCACCCCCUGCUGCUGUUGCUGUUGCUGCCGUCCAACCCAAACUAGCAGUAAUUCAGGAGACCCGCUUUACCCAGAACACCACAGCGUCUCCCAUCACCACACAGCCGGUGCUGAUUGCGGUUCAGCGUCCACUCACUCAGAACAUGAAGCCGGUGACGUACGCAGUGGCCGCUCCCGUAUCUUCCUCCACGUCUGCGCAGCCGCUCAUGCAGACUGUGCAUGUGGUGCAUCAGAUCCCUGCGGUCGCCGUCAGCACCGUAAAAACAGAGCCGCGGGAGAACGGAGACUAUGACGAGCUCAAAGUGAAGGUAGAGGCGGUUCCUGGCAUCGCUCACGGCUCCAUAGGAACAGCAAAUAGGGUGAUCCAGACCAGCGCUGCAGCCACGCCCCUUCAAACCGUUACUAUAGUGCAGCAAGCCCCAUUGGGCCAGCACCAACUGCCAAUCAAAACCAUCACCCAGAACGGCACUCAUGUAGUGCCCAUCGCUACAGCGAUACAGAGCCAGGCCAACACAGUGUCGAGUCCGCUUCACCUGUUGGCCGCUCACGCCUCUGCGUCCGCCUCUCUCCCCACAAAGAGACAGAACGGAGAAAAAGCCAGUGAUCCACCAGAGAGCAAACGAUUGAAGACUGAAGACGAAGAGCAGAAAGUCAGCUCAGACCCCAACGGAAGCGCGGCGGGCACAGACUCCGCCAACCACAACUAGUUCAACAGCACCCUUCUUCUCUGUUUAUCUCCUUUCCUCUUUCCCAUUCUCUCAUCACGGUUUCUCUUCCAUCCAGCUCACGGUGCCAAAACCUGAAGGCUUUCACUCCGGACCACACUCUGAAGCCAAGCAAAAAACCUAAUGUCAACAACAACCAACAAACAAAAAAGAUAGCCAAACACAUAGAAGAGCGUCCGUCAGUACCGUAAUCUCUUUUUUUUUUUCAGUUUUAUUACUCAAAAGACUGAUUGAUCAAGAACUCGCGCCUCCAAAAAUACAAAAGCGACUGCCAUCUGGUCCAUAACCGGGCAUUUUAUGAAGACUUUCAACAGAUGUUCUCCAAUCAGAGGGCUCAGAUUGCGUUCCUGGGAAAUAUUUAGCAUCUCACAGCCAAAACUGGACGUAAUCCCGGAGGUUUAGCGAACAUGCGAUGCGCGCAGAUGUUCAUCCCAUCUGCAGAGAUUCUAGAACCCUCAAUUUAGAAUGUGAAUUCCAGAACUCCAGCGGAACACUGGGCUGCGUUCCAACAUUCCAAAAGUGUGGCGUUCGAAUCGCAGGAGAGGAUGUCCUGGAAUGGAAUUACACACCAUGAACCACACAUACGUUUUUUCUGUUGUUGUUUUUUUUUUGUAUAAAUAGUGCAUACUAGGGCUGUACUUGGAGACUGUCUUCAGCCAAAGGGAUCAAAAUAUUCCGAAAAAUUCCUAAACUUUCGGCAGCUAGCCUGACAGCGUCCCCCACAAUCCCGUUUGCAGCAGUCGUAGUGGAUAAUAUGCAGUAUUUUGUCAUUCAUAUGUGGAGCGUAGGGCGUGUUUCGGUUAAUAGAGACGUUUUAAAAAGUAAUAACAAUAAGGAUAUAUAUAAUAAGCAGCAGCAUAGGAGCAGAAGAGGACGUGGGACGUCUGGACUGUGUCUCUUUUCUGUUUUGUGAAACUAAGUGUAAUUUCUUUUCUAAGAUGGAGAAAAAAAAAACAAAGUGUAUCAGUGGAGUAUUUCCUUCCUUUUCUGUUUUCUUUUUAAAUCGGAGCUUUGUCACAUUGACAUUGUUUUCAUCCCCGCACAGAUGCCCGAGUGGACUCGUCAUUUCCGUGUGUACUUGAGCUGUCAUCAUUCAGCUUGCAUGUGACAGACUAGACAAACAAACGUACCUGAGCCGUCGAUUUAAACGUGUUAAAAAAAGAAAUAAAACAAGAAAUGAGAACCUGCUUUUGAAUUGGACCACAGAUCUGCACUCGAUUCGACCGUUCUUCUGUUGACUUUUGUUUUGUUUCUUUCGUUUUCUCUCUGUUUGGUUCCCCUUUUUGUUUUUAGGCUGUAUUGGUGUAGGCCGAUUCUGUCUGCUUAAUGAUUUGAUUCGGGUCAGGCCGGCGAGUCUGACUGAUUAUAUAUGUUUCAAACAAAAGCAAAAAAAAAAAUAUAUGAUUGAUGUUUGUUCUGCUUCAGUGGGUCAAUGCUUUUUUUUAUAAAUUAAUUUAAAACCUUAA